AAUGAAUACUGCUGUUCACGAAGGGAUCCACUAGCGGCUCUGACGUCUAAGUCGAGGAAGUCCGAAGUUUCGGCUGAUUUACUUAUUGAUUUACUUUAUUUCAUUUUAAGACAUAAGUAGACUUACUAGCGAUGUCUGGCGAACAGAAGGAGGGACAAGAGGCCAUGAAUGUAUACUGUAUAACCCUGAACGGCCCAGCGCCCUGGGGCUUCAGACUGCAGGGAGGAAAGGACUUCAGCAUGCCCCUCACCGUCUCCAGGCUGACCCCAGGGGGCAAGGCCGCCCAGGCCGGGGUUGGGGUGGGAGACUGGGUGGUGUCCAUCGGCGAGACCAACGCAGAGGACAUGACCCACGUGGAGGCACAGAACAAGAUCAGAGCAGCAACAGACUCGCUCACCCUCACCCUCAGCAAAGCUUUCCAUGCGGGGGGAGACCAGAAGCAGGACUGUUCCGCUGCCUCUGUGCAGCCUAAGUACUCCUUUGCCCCCAGCACGGCCAUUAACAAGAUGGCACGGCCGUUUACACCAGCCGGGGGCAGUGCCAACUCAGGUCCUGUCAUUAAACCGGUGGCGUACGCCCCUAAGAUUAACACACCACGGUCACUGGCCCCCACCAGCAUGCAACAUCCACACAACGGUCACGAUCCAACCCCCUCGCCAGCCAAGAGCCAACUAGCAGCCAAACCCGACGCCUCCAAGACCCCUGUGGCGGAGCCCCCCCCUCCUUCAGGCCCCGCCUGUCGACCCCCAUGGGUGACCGACGUGAACUUUGCGGACCGAUACCACCCAGACAAGACCAGCACGGUCCUGACCCAGCACAGGCAGCCGGCCCAGCCCACGCCCAUGCAGAGCCGCAGCACCAUCCUGCAGGCGGCGCAGCAAAGCCCCGCAGACAGCGGGAAGACGCCUCUGUGUGGCGCCUGCAACAAAGUCAUUAGGGGUCGGUACCUGGUAGCGCUGGGGCGUUCCUGGCACCCAGAAGAAUUCACAUGCUCCCAGUGUAAGGUGGUUCUGGACGAGGGAGGCUUCUUUGAGGAGAAGGGCUCUGUGUUCUGUACUAAGUGCUAUGACAACCGCUACGCUCCCAACUGUGCCAAAUGCAAAAAGAAGAUCACAGGGGAGAUCAUGCAUGCCCUGAAGAUGACCUACCACAUUCAGUGCUUCAUGUGCGCCGCCUGUAAGACCCCCAUCAGGAACCAGGCCUUCUACAUGGAGGAGGGGGAGCCCUACUGCGAGAGAGAGAAGGCUGUGGCACAACAGCUCACUGAGCACCUCUCCUCAAAUCAUCUUUAUGAACCUCUCCAGUCUGGAUUUCGUCUCCACCACAGCACUGAAACUGCAUUAGCCAAGACUAUGAGAAGAUGUUUGGCACUAAGUGCCACGGAUGUGACUUCAAGAUUGAUGCAGGGGACCGUUUCCUGGAGGCUCUGGGCUACAGCUGGCAUGACACCUGCUUUGUUUGUGCUCUCUGCCAGAUCAACCUGGAGGGGAAGACGUUCUACUCCAAGAAGGACAAGCCUCUAUGUAAAGGCCAUGCUUUCGCUCCCGUGUGAAAAGUAACGAAAGAAAGACGACAAAGAGAAACGAACGGCUCUCAGACCCCACUGUCCCUCCAAGCCUGACCCGCCAACCCAAGUCCCCCGACAAGCACGCCUCCAAAACCAAGUAUGCGUCUGACACCCACGCUGUCCUGGAUCCCUCUGCUGUCUCCUAUCUGAGGAGGGGGGGGGGGGGUCUGUUCUGUGUUGUGUACUGUGUCACGUGUGUCAAGUUGUGUGUACUGUUCCACACCAAGCCUUGUGUCGCUGCAGUGCUGGGACACCAUGUUGAAGAGGAGCCAUGCUCUGUGUGGUAGCUCUUCUGUCUGUGUACUGCCUCAGUCUGCAUGAUUGUCUCCCUGUGUUAAGGGUCCAUAUAUUUAUAGAUAGUGUAUCGCUUAAUUUUUUGGGGGAGGCGCCCAUGACUACUUGUUUGACGGCAUGGGAAAGCCGUGUUUGAAACCAAAUCAUCUAUUUGAGAGAUUUGAGCACAGCAUUAAGAGCAUGCCUCCUGGAGAUGUUCCUUGUUUGCUGUUGACGUAAUUGAUCUGUCAAAACCUGCUCUUACGAUAACAGGAUUAUAGUAGAAUGUAACCAUGUUUCUUCUCGUAUUUUGGUUACUCUUUUGUAUGAACGUGUGUAUUAAUAAGUGUCUUUUGAAGCUUUACACCUUUUUUAGCUUUAAAAUCAAUACAGUAAAUGCAAAACAACCCUGCUGUGCCUGCAAGUACCUGCUCGAGGUAGAUGAAAGAAGUCAUACGUUUUCAGAGAGGAGCUGUACUGUUUAAACUAUGUAGCUAAUCAAUAAACCCUCUGUGGUCUUCUUAACCAGA